AUGGACCUUGGUCCCUUACUUCGAACUGGCUCAUAUGAUGCUUCCCUCACAGACCCCCAAGACAUUGGUGGAAGGAGGAUGGUGGAAGAUGGCCACAGAGGUGCCUCAGCAGAAGGGAGUCGGCCACCCUUCAACACAAAAGAAAGUUGUCAAAUUGAAUGUCUAAAUGCGAGAACAAUGUAUAUGACAGGAAGAUCAAGUUUAGUGGCACAGGAAAUCAAGAGAUACAACUUGGAAUUUGCUGGCUCGAGCGAAACUAGGGUGCUUGGAUGUGGAAAAGUAAGAAUAGAAGGUGUGUUGUGCAUCUAUUAUGGUAAAGACCAGGAAGAACAUGAGAGAGGUGUAGCAAUAGCUUUGAGUAAGAAAACUGAAAAAAUGUUAGAGCACUAUGAAUGUACUGAUGAGAGAAUAGUCACUAGUAGUUUUCAAGGUAUACAUACAAACAUCACCAUUAUACAGGUUCAUGCUCCUACUGAAGAGAGUGGUGAUGAAGAGAAGGAUGAAUUUUAUGAAAAGCUAACUGGAGUCAUACAGAGGAUUACUAAGGACAUAGCAACAGAGGUCUUAGGUUAUAAGAGAAGUAACAGCAAACUUUGGUUCAGUGAUGAAGCAAAAGCUUUAAGUGAAGAGCAACAAAGGUUGAGAGUUCAAAUGGACGAUGAACAGGACCUAGAGAAGAAGCAACAACUAAAAAGAUGA